CGUAGGUGCAAAGGAUACGGGCAUUUUCAGUGGGACUGUCCAACCAAACGUGUUAUGAUCAUACGUGAAGAUGGAGUAUAUGAUUCAGCUAGUGAUUUUGACGAAGCUACCUAUGCUCUCAUUGCCGAGGAAGAGCAAGAAGACCCCGCUGCCCACCAUGACGAGGAGUUAAUGGGAGCUGAAGCCGCUGAUCAGUACUUGAGUUUGAUUGCACAACGCACCUUGAGCGUCCAAAUGAUCCACGCCGAACAAAAUCAGCGGCAUAACUUGUUCCAAACAAAAGGGGUCAUUAAGGAGCGCGCUGUUCAUAUCAUCAUAGAUGGGGGAAGUUGCAAUAAUUUGGCCAGUACGGAGAUGGCGGAAAAACUUGUUCUUACCACCAGGCCGCACCCCCACCCUUACUACAUUCAAUGGUUUAACAACAGCGGUAAGCUCAAGGUAACUAGAACGGUCCGUGCACACUUUACUAUUGGUACAUAUUCUAAUUUUGUGGAUUGUGAUGUGGUACCUAUGCAAGCAUGUUCUAUGUUACUCGGUCGUCCAUGCAAAGAGGCUUUGUUUUCAUUUGAGGAUAUGCCUCCCUCUUUGCCCCCUGCUGUUACUCACGUUUUGCAGGAGUAUUCCGACGUCUUUCCACAAGACGUACCACCAGGAUUACCACCUAUUCGAGGGAUUGAACAUCAAAUUGAUUUAAUUCCUGGUGCUUCGCUGGUCAACCGUGCGCCCUACCGUACCAAUCCAGAGGAGACGAAGGAGAUUCAACGACAAAAAGAUGGUUCUUGGCGUAUGUGUGUAGAUUGUAGAGCUAUUAAUAACAUUACUAUUCGCUAUCGUCACCCAAUUCCUAGACUUGAUGAUAUGUUAGAUGAAUUAAGUGGCUCUACCGUGUUCUCUAAAGUUGAUUUACGUAGUGGUUACCACCAAAUUCGAAUGAAAUUAGGCGAUGAAUGGAAAACAACAUUGAAAACUAAGUUUGGACUAUAUGAGUGGUUAGUCAUGCCUUUCGGUCUUACUAACGCACCUAGCACUUUCAUGCGGUUAAUGAACGAAGUUUUACGUGCUUUCAUAGGACGAUUUGUGGUGGUUUAUUUUGAUGAUAUAUUGAUUUACAACAGCUCUUUAGAAGACCACUUGAAUCAUUUACAUUCUCUUUUUGAUGCUUUGAGAGAUGCACGUUUGUUUGGUAACCUUGAGAAGUGCACCUUUUGCACCGAUCGAGUUUCGUUUCUUGGCUAUGUUGUCACUCCACAGGGCAUAGAAGUUGAUAAGGCCAAGAUCGACGCUAUUCAAAGCUGGCCAACUCCAACAACGGUCACCCAAGUGAGGAGCUUUCUUGGACUCGCUGGGUUUUAUUGCCGCUUUGUAAAGGAUUUCAGCACCCUUGCUGCACCGCUUAAUGAGCUCACAAAGAAGGACGUUCCAUAUGUAUGGGGCGCUGCACAAGAAGAAGCUUUUCUCAUAUUGAAAGAUAAGUUGACACAUGCUCCUUUACUCCAACUUCCUGAUUUUAAUAAGACUUUUGAGUUGGAGUGUGAUGCUAGUGGAAUCGGUUUAGGAGGUGUGUUGUUACAAGAUGGAAAACCUGUUGCAUACUUUAGUGAAAAAUUGAGUGGGCCUAGUCUGAAUUAUUCUACUUAUGAUAAGGAAUUAUAUGCUCUCGUUCGGACUUUAGAAACAUGGCAACAUUAUUUAUGGCCCAAAGAAUUUGUUAUACAUUCUGAUCAUGAAUCUUUGAAGCAUAUUCGUAGUCAAGCAAAGCUAAACCGUCGUCAUGCUAAAUGGGUUGAAUUUAUUGAGUCUUUUCUGUAUGUUAUUAAACAUAAGAAGGGUAAAGAUAAUGUUAUUGCUGAUGCGUUAUCACGUCGUUAUACCUUGUUAUCUCAGCUUGGUUUUCGGAUAUUUGGAUUGGAGACUAUAAAAGAACAAUAUGAACAUGAUGCAGAUUUUAAGGAUGUUUUGCAGCAUUUUAAAGAGGGCAGAACAUGGAACAAGUUCGUCAUUAAUGAUGGAUUUGUGUUCCGUGCUAACAAGCUAAGCAUCCCAGAUAGCUCCGUUCGUCUUUUGUUGUUACAGGAGGCACAUGGAGGAGGGUUGAUGGGUCACUUCGGCGUGAAGAAGACCGAAGAUGUGCUCGCUGAUCAUUUCUUUUGGCCUCGGAUGAGACGAGAUGUUGAGAGAUUUAUCGCUCGCUGCACUACAUGUCAAAAAGCUAAGUCACCACUCAAUCCUCAUGGUUUAUAUAUGCCUCUCCCUGUUCCUAAUGUUCCUUGGGAAGAUAUAUCAAUGGAUUUUGUUUUGGGAUUGCCUCGAACUAAGAAGGGGAGGGAUAGCAUAUUUGUUGUUGUUGAUAGUUUUGAAAUUGUUUAUGGUUUUAUACCUCGUGCACCAAUUGAUUUGUUACCUUUGCCAACUUCUAAAAAAGUUAACUUUGAUGCUAAGGAACGUGCUGAACUUAUAAUAAAAAUGCAUGAGACGACUAAAGAGAACAUUGAGCGCAUGAAUUCUAAGUAUAAACUUGCGGGAGAUAGGGGCAGAAAACAAAUUGUGUUUGAACCUGAAGAUCUUAUUUGGUUGCAUUUGCGCAAAGAUCGUUUCCCUGAUUUGCGCAAGUCUAAGUUAAUGCCACGAGCUGAUGGUUCCUUUAAGGUGUUAGCAAAAAUUAAUGAUAAUGCAUAUAAACUUGCUUUCGGGCUGGGCUUAGGGCUGCAAAUUGAGGCCCGAGCCCGGCCCGAGACGUCAGGCUUCGGGCUGGGCCGGCCGGGCCGGGCCACCGAUGCCCAGAACUUUGCCAAAAAAUGGAAAGGUGAUGUGUUCAAGAACAAACUUUGGGCCAUUGCAAGGUCAUACACUCAUGCUGACUGGAUGAGGAAUAUGGAGGAGAUAAAGCUGCUAGAUGAAGCUGCACAUGACUAUUUGGAGGCAAUUGAACCUAGUGCAUGGUAUAGAGCAUUUUUCGGUGAAUUCCCCAAGUCUGACAUCCUGCUGAAUAACAAUUGUGAAGUGUUCAACAAGUACAUACUUGAUGCUAGAGAACUUCCAAUACUUAGCAUGCUAGAGAAGAUAAAAAAACAAGCUCAUGACAAGGCAUAUGGUGAGGUCAUAACGCCAUGGAGAGAUCCCACGGAACGGGAAAGUUUGAAUGGGGUUGAAGUUCUACCACCAAAAUAUGACAAAGUUGUUGGCAGACCAAGCCUGAAAAGAAGGAAUAAUCCUGUAGAGGAGGAGCAGGGCAGAAGGAUGAGUAGGCAUGGCAUUAUUGCACGUUGCAGUGCAUGCAACCAACCUGGACAUAACAAGAGGAGGUGCCCAGAAUUAGGAAGAGGUACUGCUGCUACUGCUGCUACUACUGAUGCUGAACAAGCCCAAGAUGCUGACGCUGAGCAAGCCCAAGAUGAUGCAGAUGCUCCAGCUCCUCAGCCUGCAAUUGCGCCAGCUGGUUCAAAAAAGAGGAAACUACCUGUGGAAAGAAAUAUAAUUCCUGCAGAUGCUCCAGCUCCUCAGCCUGCAAAGGCUCCAGCUACCAGGAAUAAGAAGCAGAUUGUCAAGAAAAACCUCAGUUCUAGCUUCCAGGCAUCAACAAGCCCAAGUGUUGCUUUGUCUAGAACAACUGACUUCCAUGGAUUUCUCCCCCAGAACCUUUCAGUGCUACAAAUAUUGUCACAGGGAAGCACUUCCUGUGCCAAGAUCCACCACUGCUACCAGGACACUUGGUCUACCAGGACAGAAGAGAAGGAAAGCAAAGCCAAAAGAAAACAACUGACCUUAGAAGAAUCUCAAGAAGGGGAGUACAUUUUGGACAGGAAGCUGCACAUUUUGGACAGACAGACUGGUAUUGCACAUUUUGGACAGACAGUUCUUAGUUAUGGUCCUGUACUUCUACUAAGUGAACUGUAA